CUCAGUCUGAUAGGUAGCGACCAAAAAUAUCUACGUGUCGUGCAGUUUUUUUGGUACUAUUGACCCAAAAUUAACAGUUUUCUUUUUAUUUGUGAAUAAACAGUACUUAACCUGAUAUUAUCAUGGCUAGUAGUGAUCAUUCAGCAGAUCUCCAGGCAGAAAUGAAAACCCCACCAGCAUCAUCAUGUGCUACUGUAACUCCACAACUAGAAACGGGAGUUACUCAAAGUGGGAACAUCCAAGAACUCUGCAAACUCACAAAAGACUUAGCAUUGCAGCAAUCAACCGUUAAACCGAUCCAGGAUCAAAAUGUACCUGAUACUUCUUCCAAGCCAUUGUUUACAAACGCAAGCCAAAAUAACAAUGAAGUGCUGAAAAUGUUAAGUCAAGUUGCUGAUAAGGUAACUGAAAAUACUACGCCAAAAACUACGAAGAAAAAGAAUGCAAGGAAAAAGAAAGAAAGGCUGAAAAAGCUGCAAAUUGCACAACAAAAUGUUACACCACAGCAAUCCCAGUCGGCACCACCAAGUAAUGCUUCGGUUCAAGAAUUGUUUACUAGACAGAUAGCUCCUAUGUAUCAAGCGAGCCCAUCACACUACCUGGAGAAUUUAAGUUAUCAUCCUCACUUUCAGUACAUGUAUCAACAACAACCUCAUAAUGCGGCAAGUGUUCCUAGCUCACCUCUGGCUCAGCUACCUAUAUUCAAUGCUCAUCACCCUGACAUGAGACAGGUAGACCCCACUACUCCAAGAUAUCUGCAAAAUGUCAUGCAACACCCUUUGCUCAAUAAAUCAUACUCGCUUGACAGCUACCAACAACAACAACAGCAGCAGCUGCAGAGGCAAAGUGUGGGAAAUAUUACUCCCAACUCCAAUUCCAGACAUACACCAAAGUCGGACAACAAACGCAGGAGUAGAACAAAAAGCAAAGAGAACAACCAGAAUAGUGAUAAAAGGUUUGGACUUUACAUGCCUCUUAGUGAUGUGGAAAUGGGCCUAAAGAGCAAACAAUUAAUUGAAGGAGUUGUGAGGAUUAAUCCUAAACAGUUUACACAUGCUUAUGUAUCAAGUAAGGAUAGAGAUGAGCAAGACAUUCUUAUAGAGGGGAUCAAAGAUAGAAACAGAGCUUUGGAAGGUGACAUUGUGGUUGUAGAAAUUAUCACAGACAGCAGCAGUGAUGAGGCUGAUAUAGAAAACAAAAAUGAUGCAGUUAAUGACAUGAAUGAAUCUGGAGAUCUACCCUUAGAUGAUGUCAGCAGAAAUGCUGACAAAGAUGGUAAUGAUACUCAGACAAGUUUUGAGGAUGUAAAUGAUGAUGAUGAGGACACCAAAAAUAAUACUGAUUUGACUCCCAAACCAGACAAAAAACAGAAGAGAGGAAGAGUAGUGUAUUUAAAAGAAAAAGUGCACAACCGCACAUGUAUUGGAGUAUUGAAACUUAUGCCAGAUAAAAACAGACAAAAGGCCUUAUUUGUGCCUCGCGAUCACAGGAUACCACGCCUCAAUAUUCCCUUUACUAGCUGGCCUGAUAAUUUUUAUAAAGAGGCCAAAAGCUAUGAAAAUACUUUGUUCUUAGCAAAGAUAAUGGACUGGUUUGAUUCAAGAUUUGCUAAUGGGAAAAUUAUAAAAAAUAUUGGCCAGUCUGGGGACAUGGUUACAGAAACCACAGCUAUUUUGGCACAAAAUGACUUGGAUAUAACUCCAUUUGGACAGAAAUAUAGCCACUUGUACCCGAGACUUGAUUAUGUUAUACCAGAAGAUGAAAUAAAGUUGAGAGAGGACUGCCGAAAACUCUGCAUUUUCAGCAUAGAUCCAUCAAAUUGCCGUGACAUUGAUGAUGCUGUGUCUUGUAGAAAACUUGACAAUGGGAAUUAUGAGAUUGGUGUACACAUAUCUGAUGUGUCCCAUUUUUUGACAGAAGGCACAGAGCUGGAUGACAAAGUAGGAGAAAAGGCCACAACCAUUUAUUUAGUAGAAAAAGCUUACCACAUGCUACCAGAUGAGCUGUGUAUGCUUUGCUCCCUGUUUCCAGGGGUCGACAAGUUAGCGUUUUCCGUCUUUUGGGAAAUAACUGACAAUGCUGAAGUUCUUAGUCAUAGAUUUGCUAAAACUUUGAUUCAUUCCUGUAGUCAAUUGGCCUAUGAACAUGCCCAAGCUAUACUUGAAGGAAAUGAGGAUGAAUCUGAUUUUCCAGAGAUAUACAAUGGCUUCCAAUAUAAAGAUAUUAGAGAUACAAUUAAAAUAUUAGGCAAAAUUGGUGCUAAAUUCAGGCGGGGGCGUUUCGAAAAUGGUGCUCUACGUAUUGAUCAACCAAAGGUUGCUUUUCAUUUACACCCAUUUAAUGGGCUGCCAAAAUCAUUUUGGAUUUAUGAAUCUAAAGAGAGUCAUCAGCUUAUUGAAGAGUUUAUGUUACUAGCUAACAUGACUGUUGCUGAGAGAAUAUACAAGGAUCAUCCGCAGCUAGCAUUUUUAAGGUGUCAUCCUCCCCCAAGUGGAUACAUGAUGAAACAGUUAGCUAAAGCAUUGAAGCCGAUGGGUAUUGAUUUGGAAAUUGAUUCAGCGGGGAGUCUGCAGCGCUCAAUAUUGCCAUAUGUAGGUCUAGAGAAUGAAGAUAAAGGCAGAGCUAUGGUGCUGAGCAUGCUUUGUGCCAAGCCUAUGGCGAGAGCAAAGUACUUUUGCGCUGAUGGGGUUGAUGAUGAUGAUUUUCACCACUACGCUCUGAAUGUACCUCUCUAUACCCAUUUUACUAGCCCUAUUCGGCGAUAUGCAGACAUCAUGGUGCACAGACUAUUAACAGCCAGUCUGAAAAACAGUGGUUCUCCAGAAUGGGAAGUGGAUAAAGUCCGUAUGAUAGCAGCACAGUGCAACAAACAGAAAUACAAUGCCAAGAAGGCCGGCGAGAUGUCCACUGAGUUGUACACGCUCAAGUACAUUGAGAUGCACUCGCCGAUGGUGACAGAAGGGGUCGUGGUGGAGGUUCGGGAGAAGUACAUUGACAUCAUCAUCGUCGCUAUGGGGCUUAACAGGAGAGUUUACUUCAAUCCUGACUUCCCAGGCGAUUUCAAGUGCGUGAAAAACGACGCCGGCGCCAAACUAUCUCGAAUGGAAGUCCUAUGGCACAACGGUAAAGACGCGCCGCCAGACGCACCUCAGAUCAAACAAGUCAUAGAAGUUUUCUCCAUCGUCCAGAUUGAAAUGCACAAAGGCAACGAGAUGGUCAAAGUUGAAACGAGGCUUGUGAAACCGGAAGUUAGUGUGGAAAAUUGAUUUACUAAAUCCUAUCCUGCAGCAAAGCUGACAAGUUGCGCGACUGCAUUUUCUGUCUCUUUCGCACAGUUAAGAGGUGGGUAGUAAUGCGCGUGACUUGAAAAGUGUAUGUGACAGACGGACCUAGUUUAAUGUUACAUUUUGAAUGACAUCCAAAACUUCAUUUAAUAAUAUUAUGUGACUUGUGAAGUACAACUUAAUAUAGGUAUGUGAUCAUCUCUGUUGUAAACUUGUAACAUUUUAACCCAUAAACUUCUUAGUUGAAAUUGUUGUUCAAAUUGACUCUGAUACAUCAGUUUUGACUGUUUUAGAAUAGUAUAAUUAGGUUUGAAUUUUUUAUUUUCUCUUAAGAGAGCAUGAAAUUGCAUUGUGAUCUAGAUGCACAGCUAACUAAAAGUGGUAUUCCACCCGUCCAAUGUGUCUUGCGUCUCACAUUUUGCUUAGUGAGAGAGUGUGACGCACAGACAUUAUUGGACCCAUAUAUUGGACAGAUGGAAUACCACCCUAAGCUAAGAUUUCAACUAUUUUGUAACAUUUAUUGUAUUAUUUUAUAAUUAAGGGUUUUACUGUCAUGAAAUUAGGAAUGUCUUGUAAGAUACUAUAAUUGCCAGUGUGGCAUGCCGGCAUUUAUAUUUAUUAUGAAUGAAAUUGUUUUGAUUUAUUUUAUCAGCUUGUAUUUGUUGUGUAUAUGAAUUAGUUUUAUUUUAUUUUAUUUGAAUUGAUUUAUUGAUUCGACUGCAGUGCGCGCCAUCUGUGUGUGACUAUUGGAACUAAAUACUGAAACAUUGGUUAUCUUAUGUCUUUGCAAUCAUGUUUUGAAGCAGAAAGGAUGCUAGUACGGAAUUACCUUGCAGACGGAUUUGGCCGCAUUGACCUUAACAAGAAAUUAUCUAUGGUGAUAUGUACUUCAAAGUAAGGACGCUAAGCACGAAUAAUUUUGUAUACCGAUCUGCCAUUUCCUAUCUCUAUCGCACACGUAUAAUUAUAUUGCUGUCUCUUCGCAGAGCGGUAUUGACCGCCGGCACCUGGGCGGCACAGCAAUAUUAAUUACGCGCGUGCAAUAGAGAUAGGAAAUGGCGAGUUAAUGUACGAAAUUUUACAUGCUGAGCGUUCUUACUUUACCAUGACUAACGAGUUGAACGAGUGAAGUGUUUGCCUUGCAAAAAACGUUAUUUUGAAUUGAAUACCGACUGGUUAUUAUUGUCAUAUAUUACCCAUCAACAUAUAUAAUAGUAGAAGUUUGUGUCUAGUGAAAUAUCUCCCAUAACUUGCAGUAGUUUCUGAUUCUCUUCAAUAGGUAUUCAUUGUUUUUAAUUACAAUCAUCAAAACAAAAUGCUAUGAUAACAUUGUGUUUGGGAAAUAUUUUUUAUUUAAAGAAUAUUCGCUGCUUCAAAAUGAAGGCACGAUCGUACAAUCUCGUGUGUGCAUGAGAGUUACUCAAGCCCCAAGGGCACAACUUAAAUCGUAAAUACCUACUAUACUGAUAUGUAUUAGUACAUGGUGAAAAGAACAGUAGCAAGUAUAGGCGCGGGAUACUUGCGUUAGCAAUAUAUACAUUUCAUUAUAACAUGCGUUCUGUUCUGUAGGCAAGGCCCUAGAUCAAGUAGGUACUAAGCCGCUUUACUCUAGAAUUCACUAACUUCCUGUUUGAGGGCCGACCGCGAACAACGAAGUGGGCCCUCUGACUUACCAGUGGCUCUUUGAAUUUCGCAUACCUAUACUGGGUCAAGCAGAUCUUGUCAGUAGAAAAAGGCGGCAAAUUUGAAAAAUGUAGGCGCGAAAGGAUAUCAUCCCAUAGAAAAUUUGAAUUACGCGCCUUUUUCUACUGACAAGAUUUGCUUGACCAUCUAUAAUAUACAAAGUCAUUGUAAAGUCAUGUUUUUUCAACGGUUGCAGCGCCAUCUGCGUUAAGCUUUGCGCGUUUACCCUCAUUGCUCAAUAGUAGUUUUUAAUUAACGACGAUGCAUGUAACCUGCGCAAGUACCUAGACUGCGCAAACUAUUUGCAUGUUAUUCAAUUUUUCUAAUUGAUUAUAAUAUGUUUUGGUCGGUAGUCUUGCCUUUUCUUAGACAUUAACCAUUUCUGGGUUAAGUUUAAAUGCUCAAACCGUACUUUUGUAACUUCUUUCAUUGAUGUUGUAGACAAAUCAAUACAUUUUUGAGAAUU